CAACAGCAGCAACAGCAGCAACAGCAACAACAACAACAACAACAACAACAACAACAACAACAACAACAACAACAACAACAACAACAACAACAACAACAACAACAACAACAACAACAACAACAACAACAACAACAACAACAACAACAACAACAACAACAACAACAACAACAACAACAACAACAACAACAACAACAACAACAACAACAACAACAACAACAACAACAACAACAACAACAACAACAACAACAACAACAACAACAACAACAACAACAACAACAACAACAACAACAACAACAACAACAACAACAACAACAACAACAACAACAACAACAACAACAACAACAACAACAACAACAACAACAACAACAACAACAACAACAACAACAACAACAACAACAACAACAACAACAACAACAACAACAACAACAACAACAACAACAACAACAACAACAACAACAACAACAACAACAACAACAACAACAACAACAACAACAACAACAACAACAACAACAACAACAACAACAACAACAACAACAACAACAACAACAACAACAACAACAACAACAACAACAACAACAACAACAACAACAACAACAACAACAACAACAACAACAACAACAACAACAACAACAACAACAACAACAACAACAACAACAACAACAACAACAACAACAACAACAACAACAACAACAACAACAACAACAACAACAACAACAACAACAACAACAACAACAACAACAACAACAACAACAACAACAACAACAACAACAACAACAACAACAACAACAACAACAACAACAACAACAACAACAACAACAACAACAACAACAACAACAACAACAACAACAACAACAACAACAACAACAACAACAACAACAACAACAACAACAACAACAACAACAACAACAACAACAACAACAACAACAACAACAACAACAACAACAACAACAACAACAACAACAACAACAACAACAACAACAACAACAACAACAACAACAACAACAACAACAACAACAACAACAACAACAACAACAACAACAACAACAACAACAACAACAACAACAACAACAACAACAACAACAACAACAACAACAACAACAACAACAACAACAACAACAACAACAACAACAACAACAACAACAACAACAACAACAACAACAACAACAACAACAACAACAACAACAACAACAACAACAACAACAACAACAACAACAACAACAACAACAACAACAACAACAACAACAACAACAACAACAACAACAACAACAACAACAACAACAACAACAACAACAACAACAACAACAACAACAACAACAACAACAACAACAACAACAACAA